AUGGGCUCUACAACGGUCCUCGCAUCACUCUGCAAUGGGGGUGCCGCAAGCGCCUCCGCCGCAUCAAGGUCAGGGACAAAGGAUCCGCCGCAAAAUCUGGCGUCCGGAGGGGAAUCGCAUCUCGGAAUGUCUGCCGCAUCGCAGAUCAAGAGUCCCCCUGCACCCGCCUCUUUAUCCCCUCAGAACCACAGGAGGUCAGAAUCGACCGGGAGCGAGAACCAUAACUCCCGAUCUGUCUCGUCGUCGCCGGAUAAGGAUGACCGUUGCUACACGACCAGGGGAUCGGCGGCGUUGGUAUGCGAGGGCGAGAACGCCGACGAAAGAGCCUCGGCAGCCUCUCUACCUCGAUUCUUCGUUUCACUGUCAAACAAGGAGAAGGAGGAGGACUUCAUGGUGAUGAAGGGGUGCAAGCUGCCGCAGCGACCCAAGAAGAGAUCCAAAUUCGUCCAAAAAUGCAUACUCUUGGUGAGUCCUGGAGCAUGGCUGUCAGAUCUCUCACAGGAGAGGUAUGUAGUCAGGGAGAAGAAGGGAUCAAGAAAGAGGAGAAGAGGAUUAAAGGCCAUGUCCAUGGAGAGUGAUUCAGAAUGAAGCAAAAGGGAGAGG